AUGGAUAAGAAGCCCAUCGACCCUGCAAAGGAGCUGUCCCCGGAUGGUCGUUCAUCCAUCCAAGGGGGCACUGCUCACCAUGCAGAGGACCCUCUCCCCGAAAGGGAACCCUAUGGCCCCCCAGGCAUUAGAGGUCUUAUAGCAAACCCCUUCGUCCUCAUGUGUGCCGCUUGCUCGACACUAGGAGGUCUCACGUUUGGGUACGAUCAAGGCGUAGUCUCGGUCAUUCUAGUCAUGGACCAAUUCUUGGAACGUUUCCCCGAGGUGAACUCAGGCUUCUGGAAAGGUCUCAUGACGGCAAUGAUCGAGUUAGGAGCAUUCCUCGGUGCUAUGAACCAAGGUUGGAUAGCGGACAAAAUCUCUCGUCGUUAUUCAAUCAUUGUUGCAGUCUGUAUCUUCACGGUGGGUUCAGUACUGCAGACAGCAGCGGUUGACUAUGCCAUGUUGACUGUCGCACGACUGAUUGGUGGAGUGGGAAUUGGCAUGUUGUCCAUGGUGGCUCCCUUGUACAUCUCGGAAAUCAGUCCUCCCGAGUGUCGCGGUACGCUUCUAGUGAUGGAAGAGUUGUUUAUUGUUCUCGGAAUUGUCAUUGCAUACUGGAUCACCUACGGCACUAGGUAUAUGUCUGGAGAGUGGGCAUGGCGCCUUCCCUUCCUGCUGCAGUUGAUCCCGGGCUUCAUCUUGAUGGCGGGUGUCAUCGUAUUGCCUUUCUCUCCAAGAUGGCUUGUCGCGAAAGGAAGGGUAGAGGAGGCUCUCCAGAGUUUGUCGAAGUUGCGUCAAUUGCCUCCAUCCGAUAAGCGCGUCAGACAGGAGCUUCUGGACAUCAAAGCAGAGGUCCGAUUCCAUCAGGAACUCAACGUAGAAAAGCACCCCAAAUUGCAAGGUGGUGGGCUCACGAACGCAAUCUUGUUGGAUCUGGCAUGCUGGGCCGAUUGCUUCAAGAAGGGUUGCUGGCGGAGGACGCACAUUGGUGUCAUGAUGAUGUUCUUUCAACAGUUCGUUGGAAUCAAUGCCCUCAUUUACUAUGCACCUACACUGUUCGAGACUAUGGGAUUAGACUACAGCAUGCAACUCCUGAUGUCGGGUAUUGUGAACGUGGGACAGUUGGUGGGAGUGAUCACCAGUAUCUCAACCAUGGACAAAUUCGGUCGACGGGCUCUUCUGCUCAGGGGUGUAGCUAUUAUGGCAAUUUGUCACAUUAUCGUGGCCAUCUUGGUCAGCCUCUACUCCGACAACUGGCCCGCGCACCGCGCCCAGGGUUGGGCCAGUGUCGCUCUUCUACUUGUGUACAUGGUCGCUUUUGGUGGCUCAUGGGGUCCAGUAGGGUGGGCGCUGCCAGCUGAGGUCUUUCCUUCUUCUCUCCGUGCCAAGGGUGUGGCCCUCUCGACCUGUUCCAACUGGCUGAACAAUUUUAUUAUUGGCUUGAUCACGCCGCCGCUUGUUGAAGAUACCGGAUACGGUGCUUACGUAUUCUUUGCAGUCUUCUGUUCACUGGCCUUCGUAUGGACACUCUUCUUUGUCCCUGAGACCAAGGGCAAGUCUCUGGAACAGAUGGACCAGGUCUUCAAGGAUAACUCGAGCGAAGCCGAACAAGCUCGUAGACGUGCUAUCGAGGCUGAUCUGUUGCGAGAGGAGGAGCAGGCCGUGACUGAGGCCUAA